CUGAUAUAUAAAUAUAUUAUUUACAAACACUCCCAAACAAAACCUCAAAACAUUUUUCUACGAUUAUUUUCUUCCGCUAUGUUUUUUAAAGAACAAAGAUUUAUACUGAGAUUGUUUUUAGCAAUAAACAAAAAUUGUUUAAAAUUUACAAAAAAUCACACAACAUAUACUCGUAUUUUCUCGAUUAGUUCCUCGGAGAAUUACCUAUCCAUUGUGAAAUGGGGAAUUAAUUAUUUGAUGGAGGGGACUUAUUCAAGUUUCGAAAUUAGAACGUGCAAGUAG